CGCAGCUCAUCUCAUCUUCUUCUCAGUAGAAGUACUCUAUUGCCUAAGAUAAAGUUUUGCAGCCCUGUUCUCAGUGACCAUGGAUCUUGGGCGAUUUCCAGGGGUGGCGGUAAUUACAGGCGCUGGUGGCCAUGGAAUCGGGGCCGCAACGGCUCAGGCUUUCGCGAUAUCAGGCUGUACGAAGAUAGCUAUUACCGAUAUUAACGAGGCGGGGCUUCUAGAAACACAGGAGAGCAUUAAUCGUGUGCAUCCCGGCGUCAGGCUUUUCGCCAGGGCCGGUGAUAUUGCGGAUGAAUCCUUUGUUGAAUCAUUCAUGGACAAUGUCUUACAGGAGUUUGGCCGCAUCGACUAUGCUGUUAACUGCGCCGGAAUACUUAGCUCCCCUCUUCGUUCUACCGAACUUUCCCUUGAAGAGUUUGACCGGAUUAAUCAGGUCAAUUAUAGAGGCUGCUGGCUAAGCUCGAGGGCACAGCUGAAGCGCAUGAUCAAGCAAGAGCCGAUACAUAUAGUGGAGCAGAAUCCGUAUAAACCGGCCUCCAUUUCAAACCGGCCAUCUGAAAGAGGAGCGAUUGUCAAUGUUGCAAGUCAGCUUGGUAUCGUGGGGCGCCACGCUGCGCCGGCAUAUUGCGCUUCUAAAUCAGCUGUGAUUGGCAUGACUCGUUGUGACGCCAUCGACUAUUCAGCAGAUGGAAUCCGAGUUAACUGCAUAUGCCCCGGAGUGAUACAAACCCCAAUGACGACUCAUAGCGAAGAGGUUAAGCAACGCCUUCAGCCAGCCAUUGAGAUGGCACCUAUGAAGCGGAUGGGACAGCCAGAAGAAGUGGCAGAUGCAAUCUUAUUCCUUUGCUCAAGUCAAGCAUCUUUUAUUCAAGGUCAUGCGUUGGUCGUUGACGGUGGGUAUGUUAUUAUCUGAGUAUCCUCAAUGGAGGCUUACCGGGGAGUGUGGAGAUGUCAAUGGUACACUGGCUUGCAAUAGUGACCGUAUAUAUUUUCAUAGUCUUAGUAGCAAUAUUGGCAAGAUGUUAUACUAAUAUACAGAA